AUGGGCCUUGGGAAGACUUGUCAGACUAUUUCUCUACUUCUUUAUUUGACAAAAAAAUUAACGAACAAAGAGAAAUUUCUGAUACUUUGUCCUCUCUCUGUUCUGAGCAACUGGAAGGACGAACUGGAGAGGUUUGCUCCAUGUCUUUCCUUUGUGACAUACACAGGCAGCAAGGAGGAGCGGCCCAAACUGCAGCAAAACCUGAAGGAGCAAUCUCACUUCCGUGCGCUCUUGACAACGUAUGAAAUUUGUCUGAAAGAUGCAGCGUUUCUGAAAUGCUUUAACUGGGCUGCCUUGGUCGUAGAUGAAGCUCACAGACUGAAAAAUCAAAGUUCUCUGCUUCACAAGAUGCUUUCUGAGUUCUCAGUAGGCUUCAGCCUGCUGCUCACAGGCACUCCAAUCCAGAACAGCCUCCAGGAACUGUACUCCUUACUCAGCCUUGUCGAGCCUGACAUCUUUCCUAGGGAACAAGUGACAGAGUUUGUUGAGUAUUACCAAGGGAUCGAAAAAGAGAGUGAGCCAGCAAAAGAAUUGCACAAUCUUCUGCAGCCAUUUUUGCUGCGAAGAGUCAAAUCUGAGGUGGCUGCAGAGCUGCCAAAGAAGGUGGAAGUGGUUCUGUACCAUGGAAUGUCAGCUCUGCAGAGGAAGUACUACAAGGCCAUUUUGACGAAAGACCUGGAUGCAUUUGAAAGUGAAGCAGGAAGGAAGGUUACACUUCAGAAUGUCUUAAUUCAGCUGCGGAAGUGUGUUGCCCACCCGUACCUUUUCAAUGGUGUUGAGCCAGAACCCUUUGAGAUUGGAGACCAUAUUGUUGAAGCCAGUGGCAAGCUGUGUUUGUUGGAUAAACUCCUUUCAUUCUUGUAUGCUGGUGGCCACCGUGUCUUGCUCUUCUCUCAGAUGACUCAACUGCUUGAUAUCCUGCAAGACUACCUGGAUUAUAGAGGUGGAGUUGGCAUGAACCUGACAGCAGCAGAUACAGUUAUUUUUACUGAUAGUGAUUUUAACCCACAAAAUGACUUGCAAGCAAUAGCACGAGCUCACCGGAUCGGGCAGCACAAGCCUGUAAAAAUUAUCCGCUUGAUUGGGCGAGAUACGAUCGAAGAAAUAAUCUACCGAAGGGCUGCUUCUAAGCUCCGACUGACAAGUGCCGUUGUAGAAGGGGGUCAGUUUGCUCUGGGAGCGCCCAAGCCUCAGGGAUCAGCAGAGUUACAGCUGAGUGAAAUCUUGAAAUUUGGCUUGGAUAAAUUGCUCUCCUCUGAGGGGAGUACUAUACAGGAUGUGGAGCUAGAAAACAUCCUUGGAGAGACAAAAGGAGGGAAGUGGGUGACGGACGUUGCGCUGCCACGCGAAGAAGAGAGUGAAGAGGAGGAUACAGAGAAUCACAUGUAUGUGUACGAAGGCAAAGAUUAUUCAAAAGAACCCAGCAGAGAAGACAAAAAAGCAUUUGAUCAGCUUUUGGAACUUCAGAAAGCCUUGACUGAAGAGACCAGUAAGGAAGGGAGAGCUCUCCGGAACAAAGCAAAUGCCCUUCUCACAGGCCUCCGGGAACAGUCAACCAGGAGGAAGCACUUGUUGAGCUCAGAGGAGCUGGAGGCUAGGAGGAAGAAGCGCCAAGAAGCAGCAGCAAAGAGAGCGAGGCUCAUGGAGGAAAAGAAGAAGGCAAAAGCAGAGGCAGAACAUAAGAAAAAGCUGGCCUGGUGGGAGGCAAAUCAUUACACAUCAACCUGCCUUCCUUCAGAGGAAAGUGACUCUGAGGAAGAGUUUGAGGAGGAUGAGGCUGGGCUGAGUGUGGAUUUAGAUUACAAAGAUGCAGACCUGAACUGUAUCAAGUAUGUCAUGGGAGAUGUCACCCACCCCAAAGCAGAAGAGGAGGAUGCCAUCAUUGUCCACUGCCUAGAUGACUCUGGCCGCUGGGGAAGGGGUGGUUUAUUUACAGCUCUGGAGGCUCGUUCUGAUCAGCCAAGGAAAAUAUAUGAGAUGGCAGGAAAGAUGAAAGACCUGGAGUUAGGAGGGACCCUGUUAUUUCCUAUUGAUGAUAAAAAAUCCAGGAAAAAAGGACAAGACUUGUUGGCCUUGAUUGUAGCUCAGCACCGGGAUCGGUCCAACAACUUGUCUGGCAUUAAGCUGUCUGCUUUGGAAAAGGGCCUGAAGAAGAUUUAUUUAGCAGCCAAGAAAAGGAAUGCAACAGUGCAUCUUCCACGAAUCGGGUACGCAACAAAAGGUUUCAACUGGUACGGUACCGAGCGGCUCAUCCAAAAAUAUUUGGCAACACGGGGUGUCCCCACUCUUAUAUAUUACUUCCCUAGGAAUAAAGGCUCUUCCUCCACUUCACAAGCAUAUUCAUCUUCAAUGACAGUCUCAAAGCCAUGA